GAAAGGGAGGAAAAGGGGGGGGUUUAACCCCCCCGUGCCCGGCGGCGGCGGCGGCAUUUUCUAUUCAGGCGGCGCUGAGGGAGCCCGUCGCGCCCGGUGCAUUGUGGGACCGCGCUGGGAGUCCCGUUCGCGGGAGGAGGCGGAGGGCGAGGAGGCGGCGAGAGCCGACUGAUCAGCAGAGAAACUGAUCCCGUUGCUCUGGGGUGGGAGAGGCCGGCAGUCUGUGGGAGAGAACCAUGUCUGUUCGGGAGUCCUUUAACCCAGAAAGUUACGAACUGGACAAGAGCUUCCGUCUGACCCGAUUCACUGAACUGAAGGGCACAGGCUGCAAAGUGCCGCAGGAUGUCUUACAGAAACUGCUGGAAUCUCUACAAGAAAACCAUUUUCAGGAAGAUGAACAGUUCCUGGGGGCAGUUAUGCCCAGGCUGGGAAUUGGAAUGGACACUUGUGUUAUUCCAUUAAGACACGGAGGUUUGUCAUUAGUCCAGACGACAGAUUAUAUUUAUCCUAUUGUGGAUGACCCUUAUAUGAUGGGACGAAUAGCGUGUGCCAAUGUCCUAAGUGACCUUUAUGCCAUGGGGGUCACAGAAUGUGAUAACAUGUUGAUGCUCCUUGGAAUCAGCAAUAAAAUGACAGAUAGGGAAAGAGACAAAGUGAUGCCUCUAAUUAUCCAGGGUUUCAAAGAUGCAGCAGAAGAGGCAGGAACAUCUGUUACUGGUGGCCAAACAGUGUUAAAUCCCUGGAUUGUUUUAGGAGGAGUGGCCACGACAGUCUGUCAGCCUAAUGAAUUUAUAAUGCCAGACAAUGCAGUGCCAGGAGAUGUGCUUGUAUUAACUAAACCCUUGGGAACACAAGUGGCUGUAGCUGUCCACCAGUGGCUAGAUAUUCCUGAAAAGUGGAACAAAAUCAAGCUCGUGGUAACGCAGGAAGAUGUAGAACUAGCAUAUCAGGAGGCAAUGAUGAAUAUGGCACGGCUGAACAGGACAGCUGCUGGACUCAUGCACACGUUCAAUGCACAUGCAGCUACAGACAUCACAGGAUUUGGGAUCCUGGGCCAUGCACAGAACCUUGCCAAGCAGCAGCGGAACGAGGUGUCCUUUGUUAUCCACAACCUCCCCGUCCUGGCCAAGAUGGCUGCUGUCAGCAAGGCCUGUGGCAACAUGUUCGGCCUCAUGCACGGGACUUGUCCAGAGACUUCAGGAGGCCUCCUCAUCUGCUUACCACGAGAGCAGGCAGCGCGUUUCUGCGCCGAGAUCAAGUCCCCGAAAUACGGCGAAGGCCACCAGGCGUGGAUUAUCGGCAUUGUGGAGAAGGGCAACCGCACGGCCAGGAUUAUAGACAAACCCCGGAUCAUUGAAGUGGCACCACAGGUGGCCACUCAGAACGUGAAUCCCACGCCCGGUGCCACCUCUUAAUAGAGAUGAAAUAGCUGUUUGUUUUUGAAUAGAUCUAUUCCCUUAUCAUCCUACAAUUUAAAGAACUGUAAAAAGAAAAGAAAACUUGUUGUGUCUGCACAUCUGGUGGCCUUAGGUCAGUUUAUGAGUGGAUACAAAUAAUAAAAUCCAUUGCCUUUUUUUCCUGUUACAUUAACUGAAGAUGCACCUAAUCUUGAGGCAGCUUCUGAGUUGAGAAUUAUAUUGUUAUCCAAUACUGUUGAUUCAUUUUGAAUCUUUAGACACUUAUCUCUUGCCGCAUAGGCUCUUUUUAAAGGUGCUUUCACGUAGCACAGACAUUACCAGUAGUAGUGUCGAAUAGCAGUUUGUGUCCUUUCAUUAUGUGUAUAUUUAUCAUGAAUCUAAUUUUGAUGCCUUGAGUGAUAUUCCAGAAAGGCAAUAAAUUGACAGGAGACACAGUGGGUUACCCAGUAGUAAGAGGUUGCAUGAUUGCAUUCAAUCUUCGAUUUAAAAAAAAAAAAAUUAUUUUAUUUUAUUUUCAAAAUUUUUUGUAAAGUUUAGUCUUACCAAGAGCAUCUACGACCCUGGACAUUGCUUGGUAGUGCACUCAGUUUAAACAGCAAGUGCUGACUUUUUGCAUGGAAAGCGCUUCAGAGUCGAAGGAGUCAUUUUGAAUUUCAUUAUUUGUAGACCUGACAAUAUUUACUGUAUUAUCAAUGAUUGUUUUCUUUAUUGAUAGUAAGGACAAAUAAAUCUUUUUUUUUUAAUUUUUUUUGCAACAUGAUUGGAUGUGCUAUAGUGCAACAAAGGUUUUGCAGACCAAAAGGAGGUUACUGUAUAAUAUUCAUUUACAAUUCACUAUAUAAAUAACUACACAAAUAAUUUUUAAAUAUAAUCAAACUAAAAUAAACCUCUGUUCUGUGGAUGGUAGUGUUUAAUACAUUUUAUAUUUUGUAUAGUGAUUACAAGCCUUUUUGUUUCUUUAAAAAUCAGCAGCUGUUUAGUAUAAUUCUUAGUAUUAUUUUGUUCUUUGCUCAAAUACAAUUUUCUGCACGCUUUUGUGAUCUGUGUUUAAAACCAACAUUGCCAACAAUGCAGCUUGAACUUAAGCUUGUUAUUCAAAAUAAAUAUUUAAUUUUUUUUAUUGCUCUUG